AUGCUCGAACGUCCCGCGAUAUCUAGUAAUCUCACAAGUCGCAAUGGCUCACCGUUGAGACCAGCUUUUUCGUCGACUGCUUCGUCUUUCAAGCCCGACAGUGCUAGUCUCGGUGACGACGUCCAUCCUAUCAUCAAUGAAGGUCGAGUUGCGGUAAUCACGGGCGCUGCCAGUGGUAUCGGUCGUGCUGCUGCACUUGAGCUGGCCAAACUCAAAUUAAAGAUUGCUAUCGCCGACGUUGAUGAAGCUAGACUUCAACAGGUCGGAAAAGAUGUGGCAGCUAUCGUUGGAGAUGCGAACGUCCUUGUUGUGCCAACCGAUGUCUCCAAGCUAGACCAGGUCGUGCACUUGAAGGAAAAAGUUUACGAGCUCUGGGGUGAGGAUUUUCCUGUAUCUCUGUUUACGAUACUCAUCUUUGAACAGGUUGCGGUUCUUAUGAACAACGCCGGUAUCGGUUUGAAAGGUACCUCCUGGGACGGUAUCAACAACUGGAAGACCAUAUUUGAUGUGAACCUCUUUGGUAUUCUCAAUGUUCAACAAACGUUUGUCCCCUUCAUGCUCCAUCAAGAGAAUCAAGGCAUGAUCAUCAACACGGGGUCAAAGCAAGGCAUAACUAAUCCUCCCGGGAAUGCAGCAUACAAUGCUUCCAAAGCUGCAGUCAAAUCCCUCACUGAAAGUCUGGCCCACGAGCUGAGGGAAAGACCAAACUCUAACGUCACGGCCCAUCUAUUCAUACCGGGUUGGACAUAUACAAACCUCACAGGUGCUCUCACCCAGGCGGAAAAACCUGCGGGAGCGUGGACCGCGGAGGAAACUGUACUCUACAUGCUUGACAAAGUUCGUGCUGGGGACUUCUAUGUUCUAGUACCCGAUAAUGAAACAAGGCGGGAGUUGGAUGAGCUCAGGAUUAUGUGGGCCGCCGGUGAUAUUGCAGAAGGUAGGCCAGCGUUGAGUAGGUGGCACAAGGAUUACAAGGCCUUGUUUGAGGAGUAUGUGAGAGAUGGAAUGACUGGUGUUGGAGCUGGGAGUGAACGGUCGUUCUAA